ACGUCCACGACGGAGCAACGCAGGCCAGGAGAAGUCGGAGGUCCCAUCCGCAUAAAUACAUCCAUAUGUCCAUCUGAGGCUUUUCUCGCCUGCAUUCUGUGAGAAAAGUGCAGCGUUUGACAUUCCCGGCUUAACACUUAAGGGUUAAACUAUUGAAAAGUGCCGUUAACUUACGCUAUUAGCCCGAAAUAUUGCACGCCCACGCGAAAAGUUCACAAAAGUGCGGAGAGCAACCACCAGCAGCUGCCACUGGGAUUUGCAGCAGUGUGUGUGUGCGCGAGUGUGGGAGUUGAAAAUCAAUAAGCCCGUCGACGUCGUCGUUUUGGCCAAAGCGCCCCAUUAACCGGCCAUAUGGCAGUCGCGUUCGUGCUGCAGUGCUAGAUAAUUUCCAUUUCCAUUUCCACUCGCCUUUGCCAAUUUCCACGCUCGGAACAAGUACAAGUACAAGAACAAGAACCAGAGGAAAUUUCGCAAGUACAAGUGCAAUUUGUGCCAAGUGCAAAAGAUGGCGGCUCGCCUGGAAAUCACCGUUAGCUUCGCACUCGCUGCAACGGUACUCUGCAGCAUAUUGGGUCAUUGCGAAAUGUCCGUUUACCCAGGACUGCGCCGCCGACCCAUUCAGGCGCCAGUGAUGGAUCCGCAGAGCGAGUUCCUGUCCGCCUACCAGAUGUACCAGCAGAACGCCCGUCGCCGCCUGCAACAGCAGUUCGACCAGCAGCUGCACGAGAUCAACCUGAAGAUGGACCGGCAGCGGCAACUCCUGGAGCGGGAGCGGUACCGCCAGCGGCAGCAGGAGCUCCAGGUGCAGCGCGAGGCGGAGGAGGAGGAGGGCGACUACGGGAACAAUCUCAACCAGCAGUACGACCAGUACGACAACGCGGAGGCGGAGGCAAGCUACGGCAGUCCCAUGGAGUCGGUGUCGGACGUCCAGAGUCCCCCGUUGUACCUCCCCCGCCUGCCCAAUCUGCCGCCGCUGCCCAGCCUGGCCAACUCCCCGAACCGGAACAGCGUGCUCCGCGAGCGGAUUCCCUUCGCCGUGGGUCCCAACGACGCGCGCUUCUUCGACAACCCCAACGAUCCGUCGGGCGAGCUGGACUCCCGGGCCCUGGAGGACUACGAGGAGUACGCUCCCAUUGAGCCCACCCCCAAGAUUGACACCCCCGUGCCGGCUCCCGUGCCCGUGGAGCCGCCCAAGCUGCUGGACGCCGCCAAUGCCAACUUCCACCGCAUCAACCCGCAGUCCGUGGCCGCCGCAGCAGUGGCGGGAGUGAAUCUUCCCCAGGCCAAGGACCAAACGCCCCACGAGCUCAACGCCCUGAUCAACAAGCUGCAGAAGCAGAGCAAGGCGCCAGCCCACCUGACCCUGAUCAAUGGCGGCGAUCCCGGCCAGGAGCAGAUCGUCCUGCGCCAGCACAUGGGCAUGAACAGCGAGAUGGGCGUGUACAUAGUGGCCCUGAUAGCAGGAGUCAGUGCAGCGGUGACCGUCGGUCUGCUGGCCCUCGGAGUGACUUGGUUCCACAAUCGGCACAAGGCAGCCGCGGAUGUGGAGUACCCCGCCUACGGGGUAACCGGACCCAACAAGGACGUCUCGCCCUCCGGCGACCGCAAGCUGGCCCAGAGCGCCCAGAUGUACCACUACCAGCACCAGAAGCAGCAGAUCAUCGCCAUGGAGAACCAGGCCACCGACGGCAGCUGCGGCAUGUCGGACGUGGAGAGCGACGACGACAACGAGGAGGGCGACUACACGGUGUACGAGUGUCCCGGCCUGGCGCCCACCGGCGAGAUGGAGGUCAAGAAUCCGCUCUUCCUGGACGAGACGCCGGCCACGCCGGCCAACAAUCUCUCGUCACAGCCCACUGGGGCGGCCCAGGCCUCCGCAGCCGCUGCGACCAACAACAACAUCACCCAGGCCACUCCCCAGCAGCCGGCCACCCAGAAGAAGGGAACGGUCAAGCCGAACAUGAAUCUCCUGAACGCCGCCGCCACCGCCGCAGCCGCUGCAGCCGCCUCGGCAGCCGAGGAGCCCAAGCAGAAGCGCAAGAGCAGGAAGUAAGGUGAUCGAUUCCCUCUUGGGGCAAUUGGUAAAGUUUGACUGAUCCAUUGUCAGCCAACAGACAACACAUCCUCUCACACAGAUUCAGCUGCAGAUCAGACUAGGUGUAGAGCUAUGUAUGAAUUCCUAACAGAUACUCCGGGGAAUUUAAUUCCAGGAGCCGAGCAAAUCACACACACGACACUCAGUCCACUGUCUCUAUUCUUCCCUAUAUGCAUAAGUCCUGUAAUGUAAUGUAAUCGCAUCGCUAUGCCGUAAGAAUAGCUCCCAGCACGCCUGAGCCACUGAACCGUAAGACCCCGUGAGUCCACCUACCCCCAUUCCCAUCCCCCAUCCCCUUCCACCCUCUUUCCACCCGCUGUCAGUUGCACAACGCUGCUCUGAUUCUAUUACGAUCCGGCAUGUGUAAUUCUGUUUUGCGUGGCAGCCGAGUUAUUGUAUAUCAAACUUUUUGGUCUCUGCGAUUUGUUUAAGGUCUGGAGAGGAGGGACAACCAACCGAGGCAAACUAACAUAUUAUAUUAUUAUAAAUAUAUGUAUACACACACAUACAUAUUUAUAUAUAGAUAUAUAUUCAUGUAAUUAUUGUAUUAUAUACACACGGAGGCGGACACCUUUUUACUUACCUGUCUGUGUGGUGUACUAUGUACUAUCUUUUCUUAUUUUUACUACGCUUUGUGAUCGAUCCUAAAUUAUCUGUGUCAAUUUAGAAAUACAAUUCUGGUAACCAACCUGUAUGCAUGCAAACAUAU